AUGCUGACUCUGACAGGGCUGACGGCGCUUCUCUCGGAGCAUGCUCCCCGGGCUAUGAAGGAACACGAGAUGAAGACGCUCUUUGGGCGGAAAGUCGCCAUCGAUGCUUCGAUGUCGAUAUACCAGUUCUUGAUCGCUGUCCGGCAGCAGGACGGACAGAUGUUGAUGAACGAAAGCGGAGACGUGACCAGUCAUCUCAUGGGAUUCUUCUACCGUACAAUUCGGAUGGUCGAUCACGGAAUAAAGCCAUGCUAUAUCUUUGAUGGGAAGCCACCAGAACUGAAAGGCGGAGUGCUUGCGAAACGAUUUGCUGGAAGGGAGAAGGCGAAAGAAGGCGAGGAGGAAGCGAGGGAAACGGGAACGGCCGAAGACAUCGACAAGCUCGCAAGGCGGCAAGUCCGAGUGACGAAGGAACACAACGAGGAGUGCAAGAAGCUCUUGACGCUCAUGGGGAUCCCGGUGGUCACUGCUCCUGGAGAAGCAGAAGCGCAAUGUGCCGAGCUCGCCAAGGGAGGAAGGGUGUACGCCGCCGGGUCCGAGGAUAUGGACACUCUCACGUUCAACUCGCCCAUUCUCCUCCGACACCUCACUUUCAGCGAAGCGAAGAAGAUGCCAAUCAGUGAGAUAAACCUGAGUGUGGCUCUCGAAGAUCUGAAGAUGAGCAUGAGUCAGUUCAUUGAGCUUUGCAUUCUCCUCGGCUGCGACUACCUCGAACCCUGCAAGGGUAUCGGACCCAAAACCGCGCUUAAGCUCAUCCGGGAGCACGGCUCAUUAGGCGAAGUCGUCAAAUUCAUUCGGGGCAAGAUGGAGGAGAAGGCGAGCGAAAAUGCGGCAGCUAUUGCCCAGCAGUCGGAUCACGAGACGGACGAGCACGAGUCAGAAGAAGGCGAGGGACCGGAUCCGGUCGAAGGAGAAGGAAGCGCCAGCCAGAGUACACCUAAAAAGAAGAAGAAGGCGCCAGCAAAGAAGAAGGUGACGAGUGCGGGGAUGCAAAUACCGGAGUUCUGGCCAUGGGAGGAGGCCAAGCAGCUGUUUAUCACCCCGGAUGUGCAAAAGUCGGAAGAUCUUGAGUUGGAAUGGAAAGCACCGGAUGUGGAUGGCUUGGUGCAGUUCUUGUGCAGAGAUAAGGGCUUCAACGAGGACCGGGUCAGGGCAGGAGCGGCGAAACUGGCGAAGAUGCUGGCGGCAAAGCAGCAGGGACGGCUGGACGGCUUCUUCUCAGUCAAGCCGAAAGACCCAGCUGCUGCUAGCUCGUCAGCGGCGAAGGGGAAAGGAGGGGCUAAGGCGGGGGACAAGCGGAAAGCGGAUGAUAAGAAGGGUGCACCAGCAAAGAAGGGAAAGAAGUAG